AUCUGCAUCUGUUAUAACUUUUUCUAUAAUUUAUCUUUCCGAAAGGUAAAAAUAUCGUCAUUUGUCUGAUAAGGGAAUGCCUUAUCUAUUUGAUAUGUGGUUGCCAAUUUCCAUCCUUGUUAAUCGAUUUCACUGUUGACUUCACUGUUGCUACAUUUUCGUGGAAACGAUUUUCAUUCAAUGUCCAUGUGCUUGUAUUUUGUUAUGCUUGUGUUACUCUGAAGUGAACUGUGAAAAGAAAUUACAGAGUGUAAAAAUGGAUAUUUCUCAGAUAAUACCUCAGGAUAAUGAAAAAAAGAAAAAGAAAUCAGGAGGAUUUCAAUCUCUAAAUCUCAGUAAAAAUGUUUUUCGAGCUGUUUUGAAAAAGGGUUAUAAAGUUCCUACACCUAUCCAAAGAAAGGCAAUACCAGUAAUAAUGGAAGGAAAAAAUGUUGUUGCAAUGGCCAGAACAGGAAGUGGUAAAACAGCAGCUUUCCUCAUUCCUAUGUUGGAAAGAUUAAAAAGCAGAAUUCCAAAAUCAGGUGCAAGAGCACUUAUUUUUUCACCGACCAGAGAAUUAGCCAUGCAGACUCUUAAGUUUACUAAAGAGCUGGCAAUCAAUACAGGUCUUAAAGCAACUUUAAUCUUGGGAGGUGAUAAAAUAGAAGACCAGUUUGCUGCAAUGCAUGAAAGUCCUGAUAUCAUCAUUGCAACUCCUGGACGCUUCCUUCAUCUGGUUGUAGAAAUGGAUUUAAAACUUUCUUCUGUUGAAUAUGUUGUCUUUGAUGAAGCUGAUAGGCUAUUUGAGAUGGGUUUUCAAGAUCAGUUACAAGAAGUUUUGAAUAGACUACCAACUGAAAGACAGACUCUACUUUUUUCUGCUACUUUACCGAAAAUAUUAGUAGAUUUUGUUAAACUUGGUGUUGAAGAUCCGGUGUUAAUACGUCUGGAUGUAGAUUUACAAAUAAGUGAAAAUCUCAAGACUUCAUACUUUCUGUGUCGCACAGAUGACAAGACUGCUGUUUUACUUUAUCUCUUAAAAAAUGUUGUGGAUUUAGAGAAAGAACUUACUGUUGUGUUUCUUGCUACAAAGCAUCAUGUUGAAUACAUGAAAGAAGUAUUAGAAAAAGCAAGUAUUCCUUGCAGCUAUAUAUACAGUAGCUUAGAUCAAAUGGCAAGAACUAUUCAUAUAGCUAAAUUUCGCACCAAAAAGGUUGGAAUUUUGCUGGUAACUGAUAUAGCUGCUCGAGGUAUAGAUAUUCCUCUUCUGGAUAAUGUUAUAAACUUCAAUUUUCCAUUCAAACCCAAAUUGUUUGUUCAUAGAGUUGGAAGAGUUGCUCGAGCUGGAAGAAGUGGCAGAGCUUUUUCUUUAGUAGCACCAGAUGAAACACCUUAUUUAUUAGACUUGCAUUUAUUCUUAGGAAAGUCUAUUAAAUUUGCUAAACCAGAUAUGCAAGAUGAAGAUGGAGUGUGUGGUUGUGUUCCACAGACAGUUAUUGAUGAUGAGGCUGAUCUCCUUCAUAACUGGCAUGAAAGAUAUUUUGAUUUAAAGAGCACAUUGAAAGUGUCUCGAAAUGCAUAUCAGCAAUAUCUUAAGUCAAGACCUGCUGCUUCUAGUGAAUCUAUUAGGCGGAUGAAGAAAUUUUCUUUUGCUACCGUAGAAAUCCAUCCUCUUUUCAAAGAUGAUGCAGAGCUGGAAAAAAAUAAAAUGUUGGCUAAAAUGAAGAGUUAUAGGCCUAAUACUACCAUUUUUGAACUAGGGCCUUUGGCAAAAACUCAAGCAAAUGUUGUUAUGAGAGAAAAAAGAAAAAUGCAUUCUAGAUUUGUGAAACAAACAGCAGAAGAAGAAUCACAAGAAAAUGAACCGGUUGAAAAAGCUAAAAAUACAUUAGUUUCAGCAGAUGAAGAUGAUUUGAAGAGUUUUAAUCAAAAUGUUACUGUAAAAAAAAAUGAGCCUGCAUACUUGAAAAAAAGUGCCUUCAGAGAUGAUGAACAUUAUUUAACUUAUGUAUCAUCAGAACAUUACAAAGAAAAAGGUUUAGGAUUGGAAUCCACAUUUGAGCGUCAGGCUGCUGAUGCUGUUUUAGACUUUACUGGUGAUGAAAAUGAAUCAAUGAAGAAGCUGAAAAAUAUUAAACGAUGGGAUCGGAAAAAGAAAAAAUUUGUCCAAGACAAUGAUAAUGAAAAAUCAAAGAAAAUGAAGACAGAAAGUGGAGUUUGGAUUCCAAAGACUUACAAAUCUGACAUAUACAAAAAAUGGCAAGAGAAGAAUAAGAUUCGUUACCAACAAAAUGGUGAUGAUGAUGAAAAUGAAGGUGAUUUUGGUAGACAACAUCGUAUGCCCCGUCAGUUCAAAGGUUCUCAAGAGAAGUCUCACAGACCACCCAGGAGAGAAUUAAAAACUACAGAAGAAAUAUAUAAAGCUAGAAGUAGAAAAGAAAGACUAAUGGAUCAUCAAAAGAAUAAAAACAGACGAAAACCUAAAGAUGAAUUUGGAAUAAAAUCUAAAAACCAAAAAGAAAAAUUCACGGGACAUCAAAAAAAGAAAAACCAACUAAAAUUUAAUCGUAAUAUGGGUGCAAAAAACUUUAAAUCAAGACAAAAUGUUGGAGGCAAUCGGAGAAGAAGAUAAAUAAAAUUUUAUAGCUGUUUAUUGUA